AUGGUUCUCUUUGGAAGAGGUUUGCUUGCCGCCGGUCGAAUUGCUCUACGAAGACCGACGAUUGCACGUCAUCUACAGUAUGACGCAUUUGUUGAUAGACAUAUUGGACCAAGACGAUUGGAACAACAGCAAAUGCUCGAUUUCAUUGGAUACAAAGAUCUCGACGAUCUGACUGGAACAAAUGUCCCAAAUAUGAUCAAACUCGAAAGGGCAAUGGAGCUUCCAGCACCACUCGAUGAGUACAAAAUGCUCAAAGAACUCGAAGCAAUCGCUUCUCAAAACAAAAUCUAUAGAAGUUAUAUCGGAAUGGGAUACUAUGAUACGAUUGUUCCAGCUGUAAUCUCUAGAAAUAUCCUUCAAAACAUUGGAUGGAUCUCUCAAUACACUCCGUAUCAAGCUGAGAUUUCUCAAGGAAGACUUGAAUCUCUUCUUAAUUUCCAAACUAUGAUUGCUGAAAUGACUGGACUUCCAACUACAAACGCAUCUCUUCUGGAUGAAGCUACCGCUUCGGCGGAAGCUGUUGCAUUGGCGGCUAGAACUACAAAGAGAAACAAAGUGAUUGUUGAUUCAUUCUGCCAUCCUCAGAAUUUGGAUGUCAUCAAAACGCGUAGUGACCCACUUGGAAUUGAUAUUGAAGUUUGUGACGCUGUAGAAGGAUUCGAAUUCGAUGAGAAAGUUGCUGCUGUAGUAGUCCAGUAUCCAAAUACGGAAGGACGAAUUCAUCAAUUUGAUGAGUUGAUCGAGAAAGCUCACAAGAAUAAAUCAAUAGUCAUCAUGGUUUGUGAUCUAUUGUCAUUGACAAUUCUCCGUUCACCAGGAGAUCUUGGAGCAGAUAUUGCUGUUGGAUCAGCUCAAAGAUUCGGAGUUCCUUUGGGUUAUGGAGGACCACACGCUGGAUUCAUGGCAGUUGCAAAGAACGAUUCGAAGAAUGCGUUGGGAAGAAAUAUGCCAGGAAGAAUCAUUGGAGUUACUAAAGAUGCAAAUGGAAAUCGUGCUCUCCGUUUGGCUCUCCAAACUCGUGAACAACAUAUUCGUCGUGACAAAGCAACAAGUAACAUCUGUACUGCUCAAGCACUUCUUGCCAAUAUGUCUGCAAUGUAUGCAGUUUACCAUGGACCACAGAGACUCACUGAAAUCGCCAGAGGAAUUCAUAAAUCAACUGCUUAUCUCGCUACUCACCUCAGAAACGCCGGUCACGAAAUCGUGCACAAAGAAUAUUUUGACACUUUGAAAGUUCGUCUGAAGAACGGAGAAGCUCUCGAGGAAUUGAAGAAGAGAGCUGAAGAAAUGAAGAUGAAUUUCCGAUUCUACGACAAUGGAGAUGUUGGAGUAUCACUCGAUGAGACUGUCAAGUCUGAAGAUUUGAUGGAUAUUAUCUAUACAUUCAACGGAACAACUGAAAAGGAUGUGACGAAACUUCGUGAGGAACGUUGGGAAGUAGCUUGUCCUUUGAUUGGAAACUCCCCACACUCUCGAUCUUCUCUCUUCCUCCAACAUCCAGUAUUCAAUACUUAUCACAGUGAGCAACAGCUUGUUCGUUAUAUGAAAAGAUUGGAGAAUAAGGAUGUAUCACUUGUUCAUUCAAUGAUUCCACUUGGUAGUUGUACCAUGAAAUUGAAUGCUUCUGCUGAACUUAUCCCAAUCACAUGGCCAACACUGUCUUCAAUCCAUCCAUUUGCCCCAAUUGAACAAGCUAAAGGAUACAGUCAAAUAUUCGGAGAUCUCGAACAUUGGCUCUGUGAAAUCACUGGAUACGACAACUUCAGUCUUCAACCAAAUUCUGGAGCCAACGGAGAAUAUGCUGGGCUACUUGCCAUUCGUAAUUAUUUGAUUCACAAAGGACAAGAGCAGAGAAAUAUUUGUCUCAUUCCAACAUCUGCUCAUGGAACAAAUCCAGCAUCAGCUCAGAUGGCAAACAUGAAAGUGGUCGUUGUGGAUUCAGAUCACCACGGAAACAUCAAUUAUAAGGAUUUGGCAGCAAAGGCAGAGAAAUACUCUAACCAGUUGGCUGCUAUAAUGGUCACCUACCCAUCUACUCAUGGAGUUUUCGAAUCUUCCAUUCGCGAUGUUUGUGAUAAAGUUCACGAGCACGGAGGACAAGUUUAUUUGGAUGGAGCCAACAUGAAUGCUCAAGUUGGACUGUGUCGUCCAGGAGACUACGGUAGUGACGUGUCACAUUUGAAUCUUCACAAAACAUUCUGUAUUCCACACGGAGGAGGUGGUCCAGGUGUCGGACCAAUUGGAGUUAAAAAGCAUCUUGCUCCAUUCCUCCCAGGUCAUUCUGUCAUCCCUGUUCAAGGUCGUAAAGCUGGAUCCGUUGCCUCUGCACCAUAUGGAUCAGCCAGUAUUCUCGCAAUCACUUGGGCUUAUAUCCGUAUGAUGGGAGCCACUGGACUUCGUGAAGCAUCUCAAGUUGCUAUUCUCAAUGCUAACUACAUGGCGAAACGAUUGGAGAACGAGUACCGUAUUGUGUACAAAGAUGAACAAGGUCUUGUAGCUCACGAGUUUAUUAUGGAUUGCAAACCAUUCAAAAAGCACGGAAUUGAAGUUGUUGACAUCGCAAAACGAUUGAUGGACUACGGUUUCCAUUCACCUACAAUGUCGUGGCCAGUUCAUGAUUGUCUUAUGAUUGAGCCAACUGAAUCAGAAGACAAAGGAGAAAUGGACAGACUUGUCGAUGCUCUUCUUGCCAUCCGUGAAGAGAUCCGUCAAGUUGAGAACGGAACACUCGAUAAGCACUUGAAUCCAUUGAAAAUGGCACCACACACAUUGGAGAAAGUGACAUCUGACACGUGGAAUAUGCCAUAUUCUCGUGAAUUGGCAGCGUUCCCGAAACCUUGGUGCUCUCACAAGGCAUGGCCAACAGUUGGAAGGGUAGAUGAUCAAUACGGAGAUCGCAACUUGGUCUGCACGUGUCCACCAAUUGAAUCCUAUCAAUAG